UUGAAUCCUGCGCGCGCAAAAGGGGGUCCUGCCGUCGGCCAAAACCGCAGCGCUUCGCCACUUUUCGGCAAAGAUCACCCCUUCGUAUCUGUAGUGUGCAAGCGAGCGGCACGCUCAUCCUUCUCCCUCCACUCGUGUCAUUGGCCGAUGAAUGUUCCUUGAAUACCUACUCAACUCACUCCGCGUCGGUAUCUCGGGCGGGUCGGUUGUUACCGCCGUCCUUUCGCGAGUGUUGUGCUUUUAAGUGUUGUGUGAGCUCCGGUAUUACACCACUCCUUCCACACAGAUUCGGGCAGCGCCCGGCCGCAGCGCGGCUACCCCAGUUUCAUUUUUGUUUCGUUACCGGCAUUUUCCUUUGAGUUGAAGUGAAGUGUUGUGAAGUGUCGAAGUGACGGUGCUAUGGCGUUGCCGGUGGCUCAUGUGGCCCUCACGGCGCUGAUUCUUAUGGGAUCAGUGCUAGCCGAGGAUGAAACGAUAGGUCCGAUCUUCAUGAAAGAACCCCCGAACAGAGUGGACUUUAGCAACACGACCGGCGCCGUAGUGGAGUGUGCGGCUCGAGGAUCCCCUACUCCUGACGUCAUCUGGGUCCGAUCUGAUGGUACCGCUGUAGGCGACGUGCCUGGCUUGCGACAGGUCCUGCCGAACGGCAACCUGGUGUUCCCGCCGUUCCGCGCCGAGGACUACCGCCAGGAAGUGCACGCGCAGGUCUACGCGUGCCUCGCGCGCAACCCCGUCGGCUCCAUCCACUCCCGCGACGUCAACGUGCGAGCUGUGGUGAGCCAAGCUUACACGGUCAAUCUGAUGGAAGAGAGCGUGUUGCGCGGGAACGCAGUUAUCCUAAAAUGCCACAUUUCUACUUUCGUCACGGAAUACGUAAGCGUCUCUUCUUGGAUUAUAUCCGAAGGCGAAACUGACAAAUUGGAAAUUAACGCCGACGCUGAAGAAACUAACUUGGAGGGAAAGUACUUAGUACUGCCGUCUGGAGAGUUACACAUUAGAGAUGUCGGACCCGAGGAUGGAUAUAAAUCGUACCAAUGCCGCACGAAGCACAGGCUUACGGGAGAAACUCGACUUUCCGCUACUAAGGGACGUCUCGUCAUCACUGAACCAACUAAUAAGAUACCACCUAGAAAAGAUUCAGCCAAACACUUCGAAGGUUGGGAAGUUUUCGUCGUUUCCCAAGGGACCAAUGCAUACUUAACGUGUCAAGUCGCUGCAUACCCGGCACCCUUAUUUAGAUGGUACAAGUUUAUCGACGGCACAACAAGGAAGCAGCCAGUUACGCUGAACGACCGAGUGAAACAAGUAUCAGGAACUCUUAUUAUCAAGGAAGCUAAGGUCGAGGAUUCUGGAAAGUACUUGUGCGUGGUCAACAACUCUGUUGGUGGCGAAUCAGUGGAAACUGUCCUAACAGUAACAGCCCCUCUCAAGACGACCGUGGAACCAGCUACGCAAACUGUCGAUUUUGGCAGACCCGCGGUAUUUACCUGCAAAUAUGAAGGCAACCCCGUCAAGACGAUCACCUGGCUUAAGGACGGCAAGGACAUGAAGCACCACGACCCUCAGCUCAGGAUCGAAUCAGUGAAGAAGGAAGACAAGGGAAUGUACCAGUGCUUCAUCAGGAACGACCAGGAAAGUGCAGGAGCUAGCGCCGAACUUAAACUUGGAGGACGAUUCGAACCCCCCCAAAUCCGCAAGAACUUCCAAGAGCAGACACUCCGCUCCGGCCCAUCUCUACGUCUCCAAUGCGUUGCUUCCGGUAACCCCACUCCUGACAUCGCCUGGCUUUUGGACGGAGAGAAGUUAUCCAGUGGAGAACGCCUGCAGAUCGGACAGUUCGUUACUGCUGACGGCAACGUUGAGUCGCAUCUGAACAUCUCUUCUGUACACACAAAUGAUGGUGGAUUGUACUCCUGCAUCGCUUCGAGCAAGGUUGGCAGCGCAUCGCACUCUGCCCGCGUGAACGUGUACGGUCUGCCGUACGUGCGGCCCAUGAAGAAACGCCCCGUCGUGGCCAGCGACACCCUUAUCGCUCACUGCCCGGUCGCCGGAUAUCCCAUUGACUCUAUCGUUUGGGAGCGAGACGGACGGGUGCUGCCAAUCAACCGCAAACAGAAAGUAUUCCCGAACGGCACCCUAGUCAUCGAGAACGUGGAGCGCAACAGCGACCAGGCCACCUACACCUGCGUCGCCAAGAACAGCCAGGGCUACAGCGCCAGGGGAACACUCGAGCUGCAAGUCAUGGUUCCACCAUUGAUAGUGCCGUUCAGUUUCGGUGAGGUGCCCAUCAACCCGGGUGACGCGGUGCUCGUACACUGCCUGGCUUCCAAGGGAGACCUGCCUCUAGAAAUCUCGUGGACGUUUAGCAGCGAAACUAUAGAAUCUAGUCUGCACCGAGACAUCACGACGACGCAGCUCAGUCCGCGCGUGUCCGUGCUAACCAUCACGUCAGUGAGCGCGAACCACCAGGGCAACUACACGUGCAUCGUACAGAACGCUGCCGGCCGAGCCGAGCACGUGGCGACACUCGUCGUAAAUGUGCCCCCGCGCUGGAUCCUCGAGCCCACCGACAAGGCUUUUGCCCAGGGCUCGGACGCUAAGGUCGAAUGCAAAGCCGAUGGCUUCCCCAAGCCCCAGGUCACAUGGAAGAGGGCUGAAGGGGAUACGCCUGGCGAUUACAAAGACCUUAAGCCAAACAACCCUAAUGUAAAAGUAGAGGACGGAGCUCUGUCGAUUGCCAAUAUCCAGAAGACGAAUGAGGGUUAUUAUUUAUGUGAGGCUGUCAAUGGAAUCGGCUCAGGAUUAUCGGCUGUCAUUCUGAUCAGUGUACAAGCUCCUCCUCAAUUCGAAAUCAAAAUGAGGAACCAAACCGCCCGCAGAAGCGAGCCCGCUGUACUGCAGUGCCAAGCCAAGGGAGAAAAGCCCAUUGGAAUUAUCUGGAACAUGAAUAACAAGCGUCUGGAACCCAAAUCGGACCCCCGCUACACCAUCCGCGAAGAGAUCCUGCCCGGAGGAGUUGUUUCCGACUUGAGCAUAAGGAGGACCGAGCGAUCUGACAGCGCACUCUUCACCUGCGUGGCCACUAAUGCCUUUGGCUCUGAUGAUACUAGCAUCAACAUGAUUAUCCAAGAGGUACCUGAAGCACCCUACGGCCUGAAAGUUCUGGACAAGUCCGGUCGCACCGUGCAGCUUUCCUGGGCAGCCCCGUACGAUGGCAACUCGCCUAUUAAGAAGUUCCUCAUUGAAUACAAGCGCGCCAAGGGAAGCUGGGAUAAGGAUAUUGACAGGGUACUGGUCCCCGGCGACUCGACCGAAGCCGGCGUGUUCAGCCUCCGCCCCGCCACCGCCUACCACAUCCGCAUCGUCGCUGAGAACGAACUGGGCACCUCCGAACCCUCGGAAACCGUGACCAUCAUCACUGCUGAAGAGGCACCCACUGGCCCGCCGCAAGACGUGAAGGUUGACGCUCAUGACAAGCACACCCUGCGAGUCACCUGGAAGCCUCCCCCAUCACAGGACUGGAACGGUGAACUACAGGGAUACUACGUUGGCUACAAACUGGCAUCAAGCAACAAGUCAUUCGUGUUCGAAACCGUCGACAUUUCCAAAGAAUCUGGCAAGGAGCACCACCUCGAUAUCAUGAAUCUGAAAACAUUCCACCAGUACGCCGUAGUAGUUCAGGCGUUCAACAAGAUGGGUUCUGGUCCCGUGUCACAGGAAGUCCGCGCGUACACCGCUGAAGGCGCACCCUCGGCCCCACCACAAGACGUUCUCUGCACCACUCUGACUGCGCAAACCAUCCGGGUCUCCUGGGUCUCCCCACCUCUUGCAGCUGCCAACGGACUGAUUAAGGCUUACAAGGUCGUGUAUGGCCCCAGCGACACGUGGUACGAUGAGAAGACAAAGGACACCAAGAUCACAGCAAGCAGCGAGACUAUCCUCCACGGACUGAAGAAGUUCACGAAUUACUCAAUGGAAGUGCUCGCGACGACCAACGGAGGCGAUGGCGUCCGAUCUGCACCCAUUCACUGCCAGACUGAGCAAGACGUGCCCGAGGCCCCUCGUGCGGUGAAGGCGCUAGUGAUGGGCCCGGACUCGAUCCUGGUGUCAUGGCGGGCGCCCGCGCAGCCUAACGGCGUCGUCACGCACUACAACGUUUACACGCAAGCGCAGAACGCUGAGCCGCAUCCUAAUAAGGUACCUGCAUCACAGACCAGCUACUCGGCGACUGACUUAAAGGCUGGCCGGUACGACUUCUGGGUGACCGCUUCCACCAUCAUUGGCGAGGGACAGCCUUCUGGAACCGCCUCCUGCAGCCCUAGCGACAAAGUGCCCGCCAAGAUCGCCUCAUUCGACGAAUCGUUCACCGCCACGUACAAGGAAGAUGUGAAGCUGCCAUGCCUCGCUGUUGGAGUACCGCCUCCCAAUAUUAUCUGGAAGAUCAAGGGUCAGCCUCUAGAUGCGUCCGAACGCGUCCGUCAACUGCCCGAAGGCUCCCUACAAAUUGCCGGAGUAGCCCGCGAGGAUGCCGGAGAGUACUCGUGCCAUGUGGACAACCAGUUCGGAACCGACACCGUCACACACACACUCUCAGUUCUCGCCCCACCAUUCCCCCCGCAACUGAGCAUCGCGUCCUCCUCCGUGUCGUCGCUCACCCUUCGACUGAAACCCUCCGACAACGCGGACCAAUCCCCGGCCGCCGGCUACACCAUACACUACAAACAAGAGUUCGGAGAUUGGGAAACUGUACAGAUCCCAAGCAACACUGACACUUACACCUUGGAAAACUUGUUCUGCGGCUCUAGAUACCAACUCUACGUUACGGCAUACAAUGGCAUCGGCACCGGCGAGGCGUCCGACGUAGUGAUCGCGCGCACCCGCGGCUCCAAGCCGCCCGUGCCCCGCGCCGCCGACUUCAUCGAGGUGGGAUCCUCCAGCGUCACCCUGCACUUGAAACAGUGGUUGGACGGAGGCUGCCCCAUGAGCCAUUUCGUCGUUGAGAACAAAAAGAAGGGAGCUGCUGAAUGGAAUCAGAUCUCAAACGCUGUGAAACCAGGCGGAAACUUCGUCGUUCUCGAUCUGGAGCCCGCGACCUGGUACGUCCUCCGCAUCACGGCGCACAACAACGCCGGCUUCAACGUCGCCGAGUACGAGUUCGCCACGCUGACCAUGACUGGCGGUACCGUCGCGCCUCUACCAGGCAAUGCUGGUGAUGGAAAGGAGCUGCCGGCUUGGAUCAAAGCGUGGCUGGAGCCUGAGGUUUUGGUGCCGAUUCUGGCGACUAUAGUGGUGUUCGUAGUGGGUGUGGUGGUGAUUUGCCUGACGCUGGCUAGGAGGAACACGCCGCACCGCCUGCGAGGUCAGAAGGACGUGUACGACUACGACGCCGUGUACAACGCGUCCCAAGCGGCCAUGGGCGGCGGCGGCGGCACCCUGGACAAGCGCGGCGGACUCCGCGACGAGCUCGGCUACAUCGCGCCCCCCAACCGCAAGCUGCCUCCCGUUCCCGGCUCCAACUACAAUACUUGUGACCGCGUCAAGCGACAGGCUGUCAUCAUGAACGCGCACUCGACGUGGGAUCCUCGCCGGCACCACUACGAGCGCGUGCGCCGCGCACACCAGCGCCGCGGCUCCGGCGACACCAUCUCCACAGGCAUGGAAGACGAGAUCUGCCCGUACGCCACGUUCCACCUGCUGGGCUUCCGCGAGGAGAUGGACCCGAGCAAGGCGCUGGCGUUCCCGCACGCGCACGCGCACGCGCACGCCGGCACGCUCGCGCACCCGCACCCGCACCACCCCGCGCACUCCCGCGCCGGCAGCCAGAGCAUGCCUCGCGCCAACAGCCGCUACGCCCGCAAGAACUCGCAGGGAGGACAGAGCGCCAUCUACUCCACCGCGCCCGAGUACGACGACCCGGCCACCUGCGCUGAAGAGGACCAAUACCGCGCCCGCUACUCCCGACCGAUGUACGCCUGCGGCCCCGAGUACGACGAGCCCGCGUGCUGCCAGCCCGAGGACGAGCAGUACACCGGCGCCUACGGCACGCCCUACUCCGACCACUACGGCUCGCGGCCCAGCAUCGGAACCCGCAAGUGCGGCGGGUCGCCCGAGCCGCCGCCGCCGCCGCCGCGCAACGCCGCCGCCGACAACAACUGCUCCUCCUCCUUCAACGAGAGCAAGGACUCCAACGAGAUCUCCGAGGCCGAGUGCGACCAGCCCCGCAACUAUCCCGUGAGGGCCCACACUGCCAAGGACGGCAUGCACACCGAGGAAAUGAGGAAACUCAUUGACAGACCAGAAGCAACCACCCCAGUCCCCCAGCAAGCAGUCCACGGGCGGGGACUCACAGCCUACGAUACUGUGGCAGUGUAACCUGUAGACCCGCUCCGCCCCGGCGGCCGCGGCACGCUCCACCACCCGCGCUCCAUCCUCGCCGUCUCGCUGAACUAAAACUUUACGUUCUCCUUUCAAUUGCUCAUUAUUUUUCAGUUCUACGCCCUCGAACUGCAUUUCAGCGGUACGGCUGUGCCAAAUUCUCAACGAGCGUGUCGCGUUUUAUUUGCAAUCAAAUUUAUCCCAACUUAGUUGGCCGGAUUUAGUAUUUAUUUCGCCUUAGUUAAGCGCACGUCGGUGCCAUAAUGACGUUCUCGGUGCGGUGCCGCCGGGCCCCCUAGGACCCGCGCCGCGUCUAGUUACCAUAUGAAGCAGAAAAUCAUGGUUGUGCUAGUUAUUUCAAAUUGAUAUAUUCGCUUGAUAGUACGGCGGCGCGUAUGUAUUGAAAUUGAACCUGUCCAAUAGCGACGUAAAUCUUAGCGACCUCCCUCCCGGCGCACCGCCCGCGCCGCUCGCGGCCGAGCCUCCACGCGAUCUCACACUCUCGGCCGAGCGAGUGGCGUCUAGUACGAGUACUUCCACGCGUACGAGUACAUCGAUUUAGUCAACCUUAUUUUAGUCUUAUUUGUUCAGCUUAAUUUAAAGAAAGCUUCGUCGUUUGCUGGUCCGGGGUGUUUACUCGAAAGUUUGGAUUUAAAUUAAGCUCAACACGUAAUAAUGUGAUAUUUUGUAUUUUUAUCCCAUUUUUAUGUUUAGCGCGAGGUUAUUUUGUCCUCGCGGUUAGGUGUAGGGCUCCCCUCAUGCUUCCUUUAAUGUUAUGGAUUUCGUGAUGCUUUUUUACCAUUUACGUUAUUGUAUUGCCAACAUUUACUUUGUAAAUUGUAUGAUGUUUUUUUAUUGUUUUUAAAUUGCAUUUAAGCAUACACUACGUAGGUUAAGUCUAGAUUUAAGCUUCUUUAUUACUAAUUAAUCAACUUUUAAACGACUCGUGUAAUCCGUAGCUAGUUAGUGACGUAUGUGUUACGCAAUAUUAUUAAUGAAGUAAAUUAACUAAUCGACUCUAGGUACAUACACUAUUGUAAUCCUCAACUAAACCGAUAUACAGGAACGUCGACGAAAUGAAUUUAAAGUAUUAACUGUCAAGUUACACACUACCGACGCGGAAUUUGAAUGCUUCUAAUGUUACUCUAGAUAAGGUGCAUUUUUACUAAUCAUAGUCGUAAUUUAAUCCUUCUAUAGUUAUUGGAAAUAGCGUAAGACACGUCGUAACGUGUCGUGUGUAGGUGUUUCCUUAUGUGUUGUGCGUCGCGUAGCUCAGUAGGUAGGUCCCGCGGCUUCCUCGCAACCAAUUCUUCUAUUAACCUUCCAUAUUAGCGAAUUCGGUAAAGCUUAGUUAAAAAAUGUGAACAAAUUAAAAAUUAUAAAAUUAUUCAAAAUUAUAUGGUAGCUUAAUCCAAAAUUAUAAUGUCGAAUCGAUAAACGUAUAAUAAAUAAAUACGUAGCGGUAAUAAGUGGCUAUUCUAUCGGGGUUUUUGAUAAGUUCGAAGUUCGCUUGCUGUGUUGUGUUCGCGGCCGCAUUUUCUGUUUAUUUUGAAUUGUGCGAAACCGACGCUGUAGCAGCUAACAGUUUGUACCAAAGUGUUUGAUUUGUGUUGAAUAAACUACUCAAACGUCAACUACA